GCUGUGGAGAGUGCGCGGGCGGGCAUGUGCUGGAGACGGGCGGCGACAGUGCGUCUGGGCGGCCGGUGAUGGUGGCGGCGGCGCGCGGCCAGCCCCGCCAGUGACAGUGUGACGCGCCGUGACGCGGCCCUGGGACGGCAGCAUGCGCUCGCGCUGCACCGAGCGCCGCCUGAUGGUGGCCACCCUGCUCGGACUCGCCCUGCUGGAGACGGCCGGCGCCAUCCGAUGGCUGGCGCUAAGUUCCAUCAGCAGCGUGGGCAGUGUGGGGCACAUGCCCACCUCGCCGCUACUGUGCGAGACGCUACGGGGAUCGCUAGCCAAGCAACAAAUCAGGUUCUGUAAGAAGCACCCGGGCUUCAUGUCGUCGGUGAAGGACGGCGCAGCGAGGGCCAUCUCCGAGUGCCAGCACCAGUUCCGCACGCGCCGCUGGAACUGCUCCACCUCCAUGGACCUCAAUAGGGAGGUCAUCUACAGCAAGCUCAACAUGACCGUCGAGAAGGACAACGUCGGCAGGAAGGCGGAGCGGGCCGCCUCCAUCAACCGCACGCAGAACGACCAGCCGGCGCGCAAACGGCGUCGGAGGAAAAACCCGCUGGACGUGCCCGGCCCCAUCGUGCCGUCUGGCACCCGGGAGACGGCGUUCGUUCACGCCAUCUCAUCGGCCGGCCUGGCGCACGCGCUCACGCGUGCCUGCUCCAGCGGCCGCAUGGACGACUGCGGCUGCGACCGCAGCGUGCACGGCGUCAGCGCCGAGGGCUUCCAGUGGUCCGGAUGCUCCGACAACAUCGCCUACGGCUCGGGCCUCUCGAAGCGAUUCGUCGACUCGAGGGAGUGGCGCGGAGUGAAGAAGAACAGGAAGAAGAGUCUGAUGAACCUGCACAACAACGAGGCCGGCAGGAAGGUGCUGGAGGACAACAUGCGGAUCGAGUGCAAGUGCCACGGUGUGUCCGGCUCCUGCGAGCUCAAGACCUGCUGGAAGAGCAUGCCGCAGUUCAGGGAGGUCGGGCGCCGACUGAAGGAGAAGUUCGACAGCGCGACGCGCGUGCAGCGCCGCAAGGUGGGCGGCCGCUUCCUGCUGGUGCCGCGCAACGACCAGUUCCGCCAGCACACGGACGCCGACCUCGUCUACUUGUCGGCCAGUCCCAACUUCUGCGAGUUCGACAUCAAGCGCGACGCGCUGACCCUCGGCACGCACGAGCGCGAGUGUAACGCGAGCUCGAACGCUAUCGACGGGUGCGACCUGCUCUGCUGCCAACGAGGCUACUCGACGCGGCACGAGACGCGCAUAGAACGCUGUCAGUGCAAGUUCAACUGGUGCUGCACCGUGCGCUGCAGCAAGUGCCACCGGGAGGUGGCCGUGCACACGUGCCUGUAGCGCGGGGGCGCCCGAACGCUGCCGGCGCUGGCGCCGCGCUUACAGACGGGCUCACGGGUCCGCCGGCGGGAUGACGCGGCCGCCCCGCCCGCUCCGCGUCGUGACGCGCGCGGCGCCAGGGCGCGCCGCUGGGCCGGGGUCGCAUCGCAGCCGACCGGAAGGGAGUGUCGAGCCCGACGCGCCGGGACAAGUGUCGCCGCGCGGCGGGCGUGUGAGCGCCGCGUCACCCUCGGGACGGGUGCCGCCCUGACGUCGGCCGUCGCUGCCACGCCGGCCGCACCCGAACACCCGGCGGCGGCGGCUGGACAGACAGUGCUCGGCUGGGCCGUCGGUCGACGGCCGGCCGCCGCGCUCGUCGGGCACUGGCGUCGUUCGCGCCAUUUCCCAGCGACGGCCGCGCAGUUUAGGCGGGAGCGCCGCCGGACGGCCGCCGAUCAUGCAGGAAAACAUUCCCGGUGCCCCGCCGCCGCCAGUGGAAGCAAUCACUGUUUGCGGUCCAUCUCGUCUCGGCGGCCGCCCGCCGGUCGGUUUGAUGAGCCGUAAAGUGCGCCGUUUCCGCCGCGCCGCGCCGUUUUCGGCUUCCAAGGACUCGGGCGGCGGCAGUCAAACGCGCGUAAAAACGCGCGCCGAUAGCGGCGUUGUUUGAUAGGCGCGGCCGGGCGGCUGGCUGGCGUUUCUCUUUGUUUUGCUGCGGACUGCUGGAAGAGCGCGCCGCCGGCUGUGUUAUCCGCCCGGCCUGGCUCGCUCUUGCUGCGCUGUUAACCGAGAGCAAACAGCAAACAGGCCACUGCCGCCCGACUCCGCCGCUGUAAAUAUUUGUACAAAGGUUUAAUAGGCCGUCACUGGCGCGCCGAGCACAGAGCAAAGUGAGAAGUAAUUUAUAUUUUUAGUGUAUCAGUUCUCUGUAACGUAGGCGUCACGGUCUGUGCCAACGAGUGUUCGCGGGGUUGUGUAGGCCUGCCCGGGGCCGAGCACUGGCGUUUGUGAGUGCACGUCUCGGCCAAUGGAGUCGCCGGUAAACGGCUCAUGCUGUCAGCGAUGGUCGGGCCCGGGCAGAUGCCUGCUCGUGAACUGGCUUCGCUGGUCGGGUUGUCCGCCGUGAAGAUGAUGUUUUGUGUGCGUGUUUAUUACGUGGUGCACGUUAAAAUGCAAACGACGUCGAUGG